AUGGCCCCUUCCCGUCCCGCCAUUGAAGACGUCUACACUGAAGUGAACCCCGCCACUGAUGCCAAAGCUGCUGGUCUGCCCACUCUGAACAAGUCCACGGCCCUCGCCACCGCCGCGUCGCCGGUCAUUGACGAGUACCUGGACAAGAUCACGUGGAAGGCGGCGGAGAACUCCAACGUGACGUUCUCCCUGCAGGGUCUGAGCCAGCACAUCGCCACCAGCAUCGUCGAGGAGUACUGGCUGCACAGGCUCUACUCGGAGAAGGUGCGCGAGUACGUCAAGGAGAACCGCUUCCACAUCCACGACCUGGGCUACCUGAGCGCCUACUGCUCCGGUUGGAGCACCGAGGACAUCCUGAUCCACGGCUUCGGCGGCGUGCCCAACAAGCUGCAGUGCCGUCCGCCCAAGCACUUCAACACAGCGCUCAACCAGAUCGUCAACUUCCUCUUCACGCUGCAGGGAGAGAUGGCCGGCGCCCAAGCGCUCUCCAACCUCGACACGUACAUCGCCCCCUUCAUCCGCGUGAACGAGCUCAGCUACACGGACGUGUUCAAGUUCAUCCAGUCGUUCGUGUACUCGCUGAACGUACCAACCCGUAGCGGGUUCCAGGCCCCGUUCACGAACAUCUCGCUCGACUUGGUGUGCUCGAGCAUCUUGGCGGAGCAACCCGUGAUCAUCGGCGGCAAGCAGCACCCCACGUGGGUCUACGGCGACUUCCAGGAGGAGAUCGACAUGUUCAACAAGGCGUUCGCCGAGGUCAUGAUCGAGGGCGACGGCAACGGCUCGAUCUUCAGCUUCCCCAUACCGACUUACAACCUGUCCAAGGAGUUCGACUGGGAGUCGCCGCGCUUCAAGCCCAUGUGGGAGAUGACGGCCAAGUACGGCGUGCCCUACUUCGCCAACUUCAUCAACUCGGACCUGAACCCGGCGGACUUCCGCUCGAUGUGCUGUCGUCUGCGUCUGGACACGCGAAAGCUCCACACUCGGGCCGGCGGCAUCUUCGGAGCCACUCCGUUGACCGGUUCGCUUGGUGUUGUGACGCUGAACCUGCCCAACUUGGCUCUGCGCUCCAAGUCGGUGCCCAAGUUCUUCGAGAUCGUCAAGAAGACGAUCGCGGUUGCGAAGGAGUCGCUGGAGACCAAGCGCAAGGUGAUCGAAGCCAACAUGGAGCUGUACCCGUACACGCGCUUCUACUUGAAGAGCGUCUUCCAGCGUGCCAAGAGCUACUGGGCCAACCACUUCUCCACCAUCGGAGUCAUCGGCAUGAACGAGGCGUGUUCGAUCCUCCUGGGGCGUGGCAUUUACCACAACAAGGACUUCGCUGGCAGCGUGCUGCAGUUCAUCAAGGACGAGCUGCAGGAGAUCCAGCUCGAGACCAAGCACUUGUUCAACCUGGAGGCUACUCCUGCCGAGUCGACGUGCUACAAGCUCGCCAAGAUCGACCACGAGCUGUUCCCGAGCGCCAAGCUCCCGGAGUUCUACACGAACUCGACGAUGCUGCCGGUGGACUCGACCGACGAUCUGUUUGAAGCAUUGACGCACCAGGAAUCGCUGCAGACGGAGUACACGGGCGGCACCGUGUUCCACGCGUUCCUGGGCGAGCGUCUGUCGAGCUGGACGCAAGCGCGCGACCUUGUGAGGUCGAUCACCACCACGUACCGCAUCCCGUACGUGACCUUGACGCCGACUUUUUCCAUUUGCCGCACUCAUGGCUACCUUGCCGGCGAACACCUCGAGUGUCCUCAAUGCGGAGAGAAGGCGCUGGUCUACUCCCGCAUCGUCGGCUACUUCCGGCCCGUGUCGGACUGGAACGCAGGCAAGAAGGUCGAGUUCAGCAUGCGCAAGAUCUACACGGCGAUCGAGAACGAGCCCAUCGACUUUCAGAUCGGAGGCUUCACCAAGACAACGUACACGGACUUCCCCGGCAAGCCUGUGGCCUCGAUCCUGUUCACCAAAGGUUGCAAUCUCAAGUGCGGUUGGUGCCACAACAGCGACCUGGUGAACGAGAAGCCCGAGGACUUAGACCCGCACGCGAUUCUGGACUACGUGGCGUCCACGGAGCACAAGAGCUUGGUGAUCUGUGGCGGUGAGCCAACCAUUCAGUCUGGUCUGAUGCCGUUCCUGCGUCGAGCGAAGGAGCGCGGCAUCACAGUCAAGCUCGACUCGAACGGCAGCAACCCGAAUGUGCUGCAGAAGGUUUUCGACGAAAAGCUGGUCGACUUUGUCGCCAUGGACGUCAAGGCUGACCCGGAGCGCUACGCUGAAGUCGCUGGCAAGCCGCUUCGUCCCAAACUGUUGAAGAAAUCCAUUGAUAUUAUCAAGAAGUCGGGUGUCAAACACGAGUUCCGCACGACGGUGGUCCCUGGACUGGUCGACAUUGAGGACAUCGCGGUUAUCAAGGGUCUCAUCGGUGGGACGCCGAAGCUGCAGCGAUUCCGGGCGUCGGAAACAUGCAUAGACGCAAAAUUCCGGAAGCACCAGGAGCACAGCGAGGAGGAGUUCGAGGAGGAGUUCGAGGAGAUCGUCAAGACCGCUAAGGGGCUGUAA